AUGGAUGAUUCCGAAUUUGACUUUGGCCAAUUAGAUCAACUAUUCAACUUUCUUUCUUCUCCUCCUCCGCCACCUCCGACUACUCUUCAAAAUCAAGAUUCAUCAUUUUCAUUACAAACACAAAACUCUAAUUUUGUCAUUACAAGUACUCAUCAUGUGCCUACAAAGAAACCAAUUGUCACCAAUCAUGUGAUUAAAAAGAAACCAAUUUUGAUCAAGAAUAUUAAUAUUAUUGUUGAUCAAGUUCAAGAUAAAGAAAAAGUAGUGGAGAAGAAGAAAGUUAUGAGAAGAGAUGUUGAAAGGCAAAGAAGGUGCGAUAUGGCUAAGCUUUACCAACGUUUGCGCCUUCUUAUUCCUUCCAAGUAUCUCAUGGGAAAGAGAUCUAUAUCUGAUCAUCUAGAAGAGAUUGUGGAUUAUGUAAAAGACUUGAGGAAGAAUAUAGAGGACUUGGAAAUAAAAAGAGAAAAAUUGAAAGAUAUAAAAAAUGUUAUUUGUAGCUCUCAAUUGGCACCAUCUUCUUCCUCUAUGAAAUUAAGUGACGAUGAUGGAGAUAGAAUAAUAGUGAAAUCAUGCAAUGGAGGAGUGGAAAUUUCAAUAAAAGGAGGGAUUUCUCUUUCAAAAGUGCUUAAAGUUGUUAUGAAAGGAGGACUUAUUGUUAAUUGUUGUGUUUCCUCCACAAUUAAUCGAAGGCUUAUUCACAUCAUUCAAUCUAAGGUUAAUACAAGAGGGGAUAUUGAUCUUGCAAUGCUACGAUCCAAGUUAAUGAGUAUAUCUUAGGCAUAAUAUU